AUGGAUUGUUUUGUUUUAGUAACCUCUUCAUUGGUCUCUCUCCUCCUCCUCUAUGGGGUUGCAAGACUUUCCUACUCCAUUUGGUUGAAACCCAAAUGGCAGGAAAGGCUAUUAAAGCACCAGGGAAUCGGAGGCAGACCUUACACCUUGCUGGUUGGGGACAUGAAAGAGUUUGUGAAGCAGAUAACUGAAGCAUGGUCCAAGCCCAUUGAUUUAACCCACCAGAUUGUUCCACGUGUCGACCCCUUCACCCUUGAUAAUGUGCAGCAAUAUGGAAAGAUAUCAUUCUGUUGGGCGGGAACAAGGCCAAGGGUCAUCAUAAAGGAUCCAGAACUGGUAAAGGAGGUGCUGGCCAACAAGCAAGGUCACUUCCAAAAGCCACCACUAAGUCCUCUUAUUCUCAUUCUCUCAAGAGGACUCACAACUCUUGAGGGCGAGCAGUGGUCCAAAAGAAGAAGGAUGAUAAACCCUGUCUUUCACCUAGAGAAACUGAAGGGGAUGAUACCGGUGUUCGCAGUCAGUUGUGGACAGAUGAUAGAGCAGUGGAAGAAAAUGACUAGUUUGCAAUCAAGUUGUGAGAUUGAUGUCUGGCCUGAACUUCAAAAGCUUACUGCUGAUGCUAUUUCCCGAACAGCAUUUGGAAGCAGCUAUGAAGAAGGGAAGAAGAUCUUUGAACUUCAAAAAGAGCUAAUAACGUUGACUCUUGAAGCAAUGCAGUCAUUAUACAUUCCAGGUUUCAGAUUCAUUCCUACAAGAAAGAAUCAGAGGAGAAAGAAAUUGGACAAAGACAUCACAUCGAUUCUAAGAAAUGUAAUCCGAAGGAAAGAGCAUGGAAUGAGAACGGGACAAGCAAGGUCUGAUGACUUGCUAGGCAUGCUCUUGCAACAUAAUAACCAAUAUGCUCUACUAGAAAAUGCAAGUGGCGCAGGAGGGAUGGCAAUUGAAGACAUAGUAGAGGAAUGCAAACAGUUCUACCUUGCUGGCCAAGAAACGACUGCAAGCUGGCUAACAUGGGCAAUAACUGUCUUAGCUUUGCAUCCAGAGUGGCAAGAAACGGCAAGGGAGGAAGUUCUAAAAGUUUGCGGGAAGGAGCUUGAUUAUGAAGCUAUAAGUCACCUUAAGAUUGUAACAAUGAUUCUCUAUGAGGUCCUGAGGUUAUAUCCGCCUGUCAUAGCUCUAUACCAACAUACUAACAAAGACACCAAGAUUAAAGAAAUCUCUCUUCCAGCUGGAGUUGAUAUAACGCUGCCCAUACUGCUCCUUAAUCAUGAUCCUGAACUAUGGGGCGAUGAUGCCCAAGAAUUCAAACCAGAGAGAUUUUCUGAAGGAGUUUCGAAGGCAUCCAAAGAUCAACUGGCAUUCUUCCCGUUUGGCUGGGGCCCAAGGACCUGCAUUGGCCAAAAUUUUGCCAUGCUAGAAGCUAAGGUGGCUUUGGUUAUGAUUCUACAGCAUUUCUCAUUCAAGCUCUCACCCUCCUACUCUCAUGCCCCCUACACUGUUAUGACCCUUCAACCACAGCAUGGAGCACAUAUAAUCUUACACCAAAUCUAGAUGGCAAGCUAAGCCUGCAUGUGGAGUGUGGUGGAUUUGCAUCUCAAAAAUAAUGUGAAUUUGGAUGGGAGAAGAAUUGUCUGCUCUGUGUUUUGCAUUUCUGUAGGGGUGAUGUAAUAAAAUGACAUUAGCACAAUAGGAUUUGCUAAUUAUGCUAGUUAUUUCCCUUCUCUGGAUAACAGCCCU